AUGCCGCUCGCCGCAGCCGGCUCGCACCACGGCGGCGGCAACAGCAGCAGCAGCAGCAGCAACCCAAACCCCGGCGCGCCCUCCGAUGACGAUCCAAAACCCGCGGCCGUUACGACGGCGGUGCCUUCCACCGGGCCGCCGGCGUCGCCUCGGGUAGCUGCUGCUGCCGCCGCUUCCGCCGCCGACCACCGUACCGCUGACACGGGUGCUACUGCUGCCGUUGCUGCACCUGCCGGCGCGAUGUCUUCAACGGCCGUGCCUCGACUCAACACCACUCUUGACAAUGCCGCCUCCUCCGCAUCAUCAUCAUCCGCCAAACCCGCGACGCCGCCGUCCGUCCACUCAGCCACCUCCAACACCUCCACGUCCCGCACCGCCGCUUUGCUCUCUCGCCUCAACCUACCCUCUUUCAACAUAAGAUCUCGCAAUCGUAACGUCCUCGACUUUCACAUCCGUCCCGACGAGCCCCACCGGACGUACAACGCUGGCGACACGGUCCGCGGCCACGUCAACGUUGCUGUCCUCAAGGCGAUCCGCAUCACGCAUCUCGUCGUCGCCCUCCACGGCUAUGUUCACGUUUUCAAAGAUGCCUCCGCCAAAGCCAAGGCUAGUGGCUCUCCCGUGGCCCCGCGCGGCGGCAUAUCCGAGCUCCCGCAGUACCACGGCAAUGGCCUUGCGAGCCUCUUCCAGGACGAGCAAGUUCUCGCCGGCGAGGGCAGGCUCGAAGCCGGCCGCUACGAGUUCGGCUUUCAGCUCAUAUUCCCCGACAUUGGCCUGCCUAGCAGCAUUGACUUUGAACGCGGCACUAUAUCUUACAUGAUUACAGCCACACUGACAAGACCGACUGCCAUUGCGCCCACCAUGUCGUGCGAAAAGCGCGUUCUGCUCGUCGAAAAGAUUGAUAUUGGCCACCUUCCGCCCCCGCGAUCGCGAACCAUAUUCCUCGAACCCAUCUCUAAACGCACACGGCGGAAACGAUCAGUCAUACUCGACAAGCCACCGGCUCCAAUUCCAGAGCCGCCACCCACCGGCGUGCCCAACGAUCACACCUCCGAAGCAGGCUCCGUAGAACGAACCGGAGCCGCCUCCGAUUCCGCGCGCGAUAGUACUCAGCCAGAAAACAACCGCGGGCCUACUCAAAUCGACGUGCGAAGCGAAAUAAGCGGCGAAAGCGGUCGCAGCAUAAGCACGGCGGUAAGCCGCAGCGACGUCACGCCACUAUCUCACGCAUCUACAUUCAAGUCGCCAUCCAAACAAAAGUUGGUCGACAACAAAACCAUCACCGCCACUAUUGAACUACUCAAGGGUGGAUGCCUGGCUGGGGAUAUGGUUACUGUGCGCGUAUCUGUGCAGCACAUUAAGCGUUUAAAGUGCUUGACGGGUGUCAUUGUGACAUUGUUUCGUCAGAGUAAAAUUGACUCGGCGCCUGCUGCGUCCCUAUUCUCUGGGAAUGACUUUGAAGCCAUUGGUGACGAUGGAUACCCAAGGUCGAGAACAGGGCUUGCUGGAUUGUCGUUAUCCUCAACAGGCUCAACGAGCAUGUUCCGCAAAGACUUGGACCAGAACACGGCGCCGCUAAUCAUCGAUCCUUUGUCGCUGCAUGCGUCGGUUACCUGUUCACUGAAGCUACCAGACGACGCAUUUCCCACAAUACGAGGCGUUCCAGGUGCCAUGGUAAGCUUUCGUUACCACAUCGAAGUGAUUGUCGACUUGGGCGGCAAGCUCUCGAGCCAGAUGCUUCAAGGCGCACAGUCCACUACUCGCCUGGGCCAGUACAUGACCUCUGGCGUGGACAACGCCUACGGCCCCCGAGUGGCAACAAAUAUUAUUGAUACGUCUCCCCUGCGGCGCCAAAAGGGCGUCGUAUCGGUGUCCAUGGAAACAGUUGUAGGCACAGUCGACAGUUCUCGCCGGCGGAAGCUACUCCGAAUAUCACCCCGUCUCCCAACACCCCGCGUGACGGAAAGCGACGAGGACGACAUCAUCCGCGCCGAAUUGAGCGAACGUUCAUCCGCCGCCUCUCCCGUCAUCUAUACCACAGCUCCGAGCGAGCGCAACUACGCCUCGCAACCGCCGUUGUUACACCCCUCCCGGGCCAACGCAAGUCCCGCAGCAGCGUCCCAACCUGAUUUUCACUCGCAUAGUCACGUCAACGGGCACUCGCGUGAGGCAGCCCCGGCAUACAUUCCGCAGCCACAUAUGCCUGAUUCGCGCAAUAUGUCGGAGAAGGAACGCAUACGACAGGCGGAAACACGCCUGUUGCCGAGCCAGCCGUCAGCAGCAGGCCCGUCGUCCUCUCCGUCCGCACCAGACGAGGACAACAUUUACGACGCGCACGACCAGGCGCCUUUAGCCGGGCCGUCGGCGCCCACGGAUCACGAGGCGGUAGCGGGGCCGUCAGCCCCUAGCGAGGACGACCUGCACGGUUCAUCUGCCUUUCCAGCAGAGGACAAGCAAGAACUAGAACGGCGGCGCCUCAUCAACGAAGCGAGCGCGCCGCCAGAGUUCCCAGAUGAUAUGGAGCGCUCCGACGGCCCGAGCCCGGCGAACGAUGCCGACGCAGAGCCGAGCGCGCCGGUGUUCGACGAGGAUGAGGAGGAGUUGGCGGGAUACGGCGUGAGUGCUGGUCCAUCGUCUUCUGCCGGUCCAUCACGCAGCAAUCAACGGUCAACUGGCGAGCAGCUGCCUGCGUAUCAACGGUGA